AUGAAACCUUAUUCUGAAUUAGAAUUUGAUCUUAUAGACUCAGGACAAAUGGUUGAAGAUUCCGAGCCCAGCGAUGAAUCAGAAAGAGAAGUAGAAAGAAUAAGAAGAUUAGAAGAAGAUACUUGCACGGUGGAACAAAAAUGUGAGAAUGUGAAACUAAAUAGUUCUGGUUCAAAGUCAAAAUUACCUGAAAAAAUUAUAAAACUUAUCGAAAGGAUAUUUAAUGCUGAACUAGGCAGCCAUUCAACUGGCAAUGAGGUAUUUAAAAUUUUACGCUUAAUCUUGAAAAAUAAAUAAAUA